CUCUUCGAUAUUUCCUCGAUUCUUUCGCACCUAAAUCUUCUUUUUCUACCCCUCUUCUCCCUCCAUCAAUGCCCAUAGAUUCAUAAAUCUUCUCAGAUUUUGGUUUUUGGAUCGGUGGGUUUUCUCAAAAUGGUCACUGUGAAUCUGGGAAUGCUCCAUCACAUACUGGACCAUGUAUAUGGGGCAUUCAUGCACAGAACAAAGAUAAGUCCUCCAUUCUUCUCCAGAGGAUGGGGUGGGGCAAAGCUUGAUCUUCUGGAGAGAAUGAUCAAACAACUAUUUCCUGAAGCUGCGGAGAAUUGGCCCCCUAGUUUGAUCCAACCCAUUUGGAAAACGGUUUGGGAAACAAAGACUGCUUGUUUGAGAGAAGGAGUUUUCAAAACCCCUUGUGACGAGCGGCUUCUGAGUGCAUUGCCUCCUGAGAGUCAUACUGCAAGGGUUGCUUUCCUUACUCCCAAAUUCGUGCCACCCCAGAAGAUGGCUUGUGUGGUUCAUCUUGCAGGCACUGGGGACCAUACAUUUGAGCGAAGAUUGCGUCUUGGUGGUCCAUUGUUGAAGGAAAACAUAGCAACCAUGGUGCUUGAAAGCCCUUUUUAUGGUCAGAGACGACCUGUGCUGCAGCGUGGUGCUAAGCUCUUGUGUGUGAGUGACUUGCUAUUGCUAGGAAGGGCCACCAUUGAAGAAGCCCGUAGUCUUCUACAUUGGUUAGACUCUGAAGCAGGGUUUGGCAAGAUGGGUGUCUGUGGACUUAGCAUGGGUGGAGUACAUGCUGCAAUGGUUGGAUCUCUGCACCCCACCCCUGUUGCUACCCUUCCUUUUCUCUCUCCACACUCUGCUGUUGUGGCAUUCUGUGAAGGGAUAUUAAAACACGCAACUGCAUGGGAGGCACUGAGAGAGGACCUUGCAGUGCAGAAGGCUGCAAUGACUCUCGAGGAUGUUAGAGAGCGGAUGCGAAAUGUACUGUCUCUCACAGAUGUCACACGCUUCCCAAUCCCCAAAAAUCCCAAUGCCGUUAUCUUUGUUGCUGCUACUGAUGAUGGAUAUAUCCCAAAACACUCAGUGCUGGAACUUCAGAAAGCUUGGCCUGGCUCAGAAGUGAGGUGGGUCACCGGAGGGCACGUCUCAUCUUUUAUUCUUCACAAUGGUGAAUUCCGCAGGGCGAUAGUUGAUGGGCUUGACAGAUUACAAUGGAAGGAGUCUCCAUCGUGACACUGGUAUGGCAGUUGCCUGCUCACUGAACCUGUAAAAUGAAUUCAGCUGAUAUCUUGAGAGUUGAAACACCCCACAUUCUACAAAAAGGGUGUCUGUGACUAUCAUUUUAAUGGAACCAGCAAUAAAUUGUCAACUGUUGAUGGAA